AUGUGUGGAGAGUCGUCGGUUCGACAAGGAGUUUCCCAGUCUAUACUCAUCAGUGGUGAAUCAGGAGCUGGCAAGACUGAAACCACUAAGCUUGUAAUGCAGUUCCUAUCGGCCUGUGGUAGGGCUUCUAAAAGUGAUAUUAACAGACAAGUGUUGGAGUCAAACCCAUUGUUAGAGGCCUUUGGGAACGCAUGUACACUUCGGAACGACAACUCAUCACGGUUUGGUAAGUUUAUACAGCUGCAGUUUGACGGCGAGAAGGAUCACUUACGGCUGAAGGGCGCCAGAAUAGAAACUUACCUAUUGGAAAAGAUAAGGGUGACGAAUCAAAUACAAGGCGAACGGAAUUUCCAUAUUUUCUAUCAAAUAUGCGCGGCAGCAGCGGUGGCUAUCCACAAAUACUGGAUGGAGAAGGCAUGCAGAGUAUGCAGAUCCAACUCAGAGGGUUGUCAGAUCACUCAUGGGUUGGGGCGUGCUCAAAUGGUAGAGGCUACUAUUCUUAGUUUUACGUACCUCACCCGCGACACUGCUGUACAUAAGCUGUCUCAUGGUCUGGACCUUGAGGGCUUUGAACGGACGGUGCAUGCUAUGACGGUUAUAGGGUAUGGGAAGGAGGGCAUUGAACACAUAUUCAGCUUGGCGGCUGCGAUACUACGUGAGGGGGGAUAUGCUUGUCUGGGGUUCAAAGAUCAUCGUGAUCGUGUGCAUCGUAGUGUUGCUGUUAUUGAGACAUACCGUCUUGGGGUGUUAGAGCGGAGGAGGGCAUUAGCAGUGGAGGAGGAGGAGGAGGAGGACCAGUUGGAGACAUUGUCAGCAGUGAAUAGCCCUUCUAUGGAGAGGACGAUGAUUCUAGAUGAGAAUUCCCCGUUGAAUUCAAACGAUGUGACAAGACUAGGAGGAGCGAACGAGGAUGUUGGCGGCCCUUAUAGGAUAUCUACAGGAAGCCUAAACUCGCAUCAUUCAGUGACUCGCUAUGGAUCUAUGUGUAUUGAUUCUAGUGGUAAAUGCAGACCAGUGGGGGGUUCGAGGUGGAUAUCAGGGAGUUCUAGUAGCCAGGACAGUGAUGAAGAGGCUUGGCAUCCUACUACUACUAUGGGAAGAGAUGGAGGAGUGCACUUGGAUAAGCUAGCACUGGAGGGGAGUCGGAAGGCGUGCCCCCCGAUGAGGACCCCCUCACUAUCAGCAAGGUCUAUGUCUGCUUCCCCACCUCUAGCGCAUACCCCUACCAGGGGCUUCGAAGGGGCCUCUCCUCCUCGAGUGGGGGCAGCCCCUCCGAAACGCUUCAGACAAUCGGCAGCCAACUUUGCUGAGCUUGGGAGAUUCCUCAAUAGUUAUAGAAUUCUGGAGGCCCUUACUGGACAGGUACAGUUCCUGACUAGGAUUUUUCAUUGUAAUAUUAAUGCUAAUGGAGUGCUUUGUCUGGACAUACUGGAUAAGCAGUGGAGUCCUAGUCUAACGAUGCAAACGGUAUUACUCUCUAUAUCAUCAUUGUUGAAUGACUGUAAUGCUGAUGAUCCCCUGGAGCCAGACGCAGCAUGGUUAUUCAAGACUGAUAGGGCCCUUCAUGAUCAGAGGGCGAGGGAGUGGACUAAACUGUAUUGUCGCAAUCUGGCGAGUCCACAGUCGGCUCCUGGUUGUACCCCGUCGUCAGCUGAGGAUGGGUACUGCGGCUGUCAACUUGAUUUGAUUGUGUCUCGCCUGUCUAAGGUAUCAUUGGAGUUUCAUGAGCUGUGA